GGCUGAAUCAAGUUGGGAGCUGCUGUGCCUCUGUCUGGCCGACCAAUGCAGUGUGUAGGGACGGUCGCCCAGCCCGACGAAAACAUGAACGGAGCGGGGGAGCAGGUGGACAUCCUGUCUCCCAACUGCAUGGUAAAGGACCGAUGGAAAGUGCUGAAGAAGAUUGGUGGGGGAGGUUUUGGGGAGAUCUAUGAAGCAUUGGACCUGCUGACCAGGGAGAAUGUGGCUCUGAAGGUAGAGUCAGCCCAGCAGCCUAAACAGGUUCUCAAGAUGGAGGUGGCCGUCCUCAAGAAACUGCAAGGAAAAAAUCAUGUCUGUAAAUUCAUCGGAUGUGGAAGGAACGAGAAGUUUAACUAUGUGGUCAUGCAACUUCAGGGGAGAAACCUAGCAGACCUGAGGAGGAGUCAGCCUCGCGGCACCUUCACCAUGAGCACCACGCUACGCCUGGGCAAACAGAUUCUGGAGUCCAUAGAGGCCAUCCACUCUGUGGGCUUCCUGCACAGAGACAUCAAGCCUUCUAACUUUGCUAUGGGUCGACUCCCCUCCACCUAUAGAAAGUGCUUCAUGUUAGACUUUGGCCUGGCUCGCCAGUACACCAACACUACCGGGGAGGUUCGACCGCCCAGAACUGUGGCGGGAUUUCGGGGAACUGUUCGUUAUGCGUCAGUAAAUGCUCAUAAAAACAAAGAAAUGGGUCGCCAUGACGAUCUAUGGUCGCUAUUUUACAUGUUGGUAGAGUUUGCAGUCGGUCAGUUACCAUGGAGAAAAAUUAAAGAUAAGGAGCAAGUGGGUCAGAUUAAAGAGCGCUACGACCACAGAAUGCUGCUCAAACACAUGCCUUCUGAGUUUUACAUCUUCCUGGAUCAUGUUUUAGGCCUUGACUACUUCACCAAACCAGAUUACCAGUUGCUGAUGUCGGUCUUUGAGAACAGUAUGAAGGAACAUAUCAUCACAGAGAACGAGCCUUUUGAUUGGGAGAAGGGAGGGACGGAUGGAGUGCCUCUGUCCACCAGCACGUCAACGCCACCUCAACAGAACACACGACAGACUCCCGCCGUGAUCGGGGUGGUGAACGUGACUCUGGUUCCUGGGGAGCUGCCGAGGGAGAACACAGAUGACGUUCUACAAGACGAGCACCUGAGUGACCAGGAGAACGCUCCACCUGCAGUACCCAGCAGGCCUUGCGAGGGGACACCUCCCCAGGUGGAAGCCGAGGCGUGGAACGACACCGACUUAAACCGCAACCAACUCAGGAUUAGCAUCAGCAAGGGGCAGUUGGCUGCGGAGGAAGAGGAGCCUGCUAGAGGGACGUGUCCUGAUGCCCUCGUGGGUGGAGCUCCUCCAGAAAUGACUGGUGCUCAGGUCUGCGCUCUGCGGUACCGGAGGAUCAACAGCCCAGAGUCAGACCGUCUGUCCGCCGCAGACGGGAGACCAGACAUCUACGACAAACGAGGGUCUCGUAUGGACAUCCUGGGAUCCCCGUCCCGCCACGUGCAGUCCUCCCAGCCGGCCCAGAUGCACUCCCUGGAGGGAGGAGGUGGGGACCGGCAGGGUUGCAGUGGUAGACCAGGUCAAGAGGUCUCCGUAGCCUCUGUGGCCGACCCCGAGGCCCACAGUAACGCGUUCAUCCGGUCUGUACCACUCGCCGAGGAGGAAGACUUUGACAGCAAGGAGUGGGUGAUCAUCGACAAGGAGACUGAGCUCCAGGACUUCCUGGGUCUCCUGGGCCCAAGGGCUGAGCCCACCACCUCGGGGCCCACCACCGAUGAGGAACCUGAGGAGCUGAGGCCCCUAGACGAAAUGGAGGAGUGGAGGAGCCGUGGACACAGACCACGGCCACAGUCGGAGUACUUUGGAGCUCACGGACAGAGACCCAGACGCACAGAGACCCAGACGCACGGAGACCCAGACGCACGGAGACCCAGACGCACGGAGACCCAGACGCACGGAGACCCAGACGCACGGAGACCCAGACGCACGGAGACCCAGACGCACGGAGACCCAGACGCACGGAGACCCAGACGCACGGAGACCCAGACGCCCGGAGACCCAGACGCCCGGAGACCCAGACGCCCGGAGACCCAGACGCCCGGAGACCCAGACGCACGGAGACCCAGACGCACGGAGACCCAGACGCGCGGACACCCAGACGUGCGGAGACCCAGACACCCAGACGUGCGGAAACCCAGACGCACAGAGACCCAGUCGCUCAGACGCAGAGACCCAGAGACCGAUACACAUACAGACAGAGACCCAGACACACAGACGCGCAGAGACCCAGACGUGCAGAGACGCACAUUGGAGGAGGAUAGGCCCCACCCCCACCACCCGCACCACUCUUUCCCGAGGCCCAACCAAUUGAGAAGAUUGGCGUCGUACGUGUUCUCGUCCUCUACCCUGGAGACGGAGCAGUAUCCCCAUGGUAACUUGGAAGCUGGGGCGUUGAUCCAGAGAAGCCGCUCUGCCGAGAGCAGCCCUGCCCGUCUCCCCUCGCGGCGCCACAUGCCCCUGGCCCUGGAGCAGAUCAGCCCAUACCAGGGUGGCAGUGGGGAGGACCUCAACUUCCAGGGUGUAGAGCGAGAAAGGCCUAACCUUCCCACGCUGGCCCAGCAUCGCUUUCGACGGGUGGACUUCCUCUCUGCCAUGCUCACCGGCGCCGCCACCCUUCCGCCUCUCCAAACCUCCUUUGAGGUUGAUUCCAGAACCUGUGUUGAGCAGGGUCAGGAUGGGAAUGUGGAUGCCGCUGAGGUCGGGGCUGGGGCAGUGUCCAGCGGUGAUGGGAGCCCCAAGAGCAGCGAGCACAGCCAGGAGUGUGAUGAUGGAGCUCCCUCUACUCUUCUUGCAGACGAGCCUCCUCGGGACUACCCUCACCGGGCCUCUGCAGGAGUGGGGUUUGGUGGUGAUCCGGACCUGGAGCUGGAGGAAGGCUCCAAGACCCUGGUGCUCUUCUCCCCUGGAGACGUGAGGAGGUCCCUUGCCGUGGUGGGCGAUCUGCCCCCGGACGAUGCCGGGAGCCACCAGGGGACGCUGGCAGCCAUCACACCCCAGUGCGAGAGAGCUCUGGGACCUCUGGGAAGCCUGCUCGACGUGUCUGAGCCAGGUACUUUGUUCUCCCAGUUGAAGUCCGAGCCCAAACCGCCUUCGACGGCCGUCUCCGCCAUCCUGGUCAAUGUGGCGCCCAAUGUUGUUACUCCCACCAGCACCUCCCCUCCUUUCACCAAAGUAGAGCGGACAUUCGUACACAUUGCCGAGACUACCCACCAUAAUGUGAUGAGCUCCUCAGGGACUCUGCAGCUCAGGCUGCUGCUCCCUGGGCUGGUUGAGGAGCCCACAGACGAACAGGAGAACCACUCGGAGGAAGAGAAAGAGGAGGAUAGGAGGGAGAGUGGAUCAGAAAGCAACGUCUUUGAGAAAGACGAGGAAGGGGACGAAGUGAGCAGGUUUGAUGAGGAGAAGGAGGAGAGGAAGAGAGAGAGUAGGUCCAAGGAGGAAGUUCCCGAGAGAGCAAUCCCAGGUUCCCCAGAGAGAGACAACAGGGCUAAGGAGGAGGAAAAGGAUGUUGCAAAGAAAGAGGUUGAGGAGUUAAUCCCCCCAGAAAAAGAGAUGGAAGAAGAGUCAGAACUUGGGGACGAAGCCCAGCCAGCGAUCCAGUCAAACCUCUCCUCUCCCAUUCUCGGUCCCCCAGAAGAACCUGAAGCCCAGGAUAUCCUGGUCAUUUCAAUAGAAACCAAGUUAGACUCUGAAACAGAGGACACCCCUAUUGUUGUUUCCUCUGAGAUGGAGCCUGCCCAAGACGUGAUGUUAGCAGAGAAGGAGAGCCAGGUCCAGCUCGAACAAAACAAUGAGGCUUCUCCACAGGAGGAACCCAAGGACCCUGGUGAUCCAGAAAAAUUGUCAGAGGCCAGCAAACAGACCAGGCCUCAGAAAAUUAGCAGAAUCCCGGUUCUCUCUCGGUCUGAGGAGGACACCAGCUCGGACCAGGACCAGUCGGCGGCGUCCCAGUCAUUCAAGUCUCGUCAGAGGGCCAAGCGACCUCACCUAGCCCGGCUGGUCAUGGAAAGGAGGCAAGGUCGCAUGCUAAGACUGGCUUCUGUUUCCUCAGCGUCCUCUGUGGAUGAUGGCUGUAAAGUUCCAGCAGAGAUCCAGCAUCAAUCUCACAAAACUAGGACCCCAAGAAUAAAUGUUCCACUGCACCAGAGGUCCCAGACUCUGCAGUCCCGACCUGGACCCGGGGCCAACUCCUCCUCCUUAUUCUCCACCCCCCAGACUCCCCUGCGUGGGGUUAUCUCCCGAGCCCCUCUCUCUGCAUGCCCCUCCCCCUGUUGCUACUCCACUUCCCGGACCGACAGCCCCUCCCCUCAGCGCCCACGCCGGGGGGCUGCAGUUACAGAAGUCCGGAGGCAGCUCAUAUCCGUGCGGGCGCAGACUGCACUUCCGCUAAAACCCAGACCGCCUCAAACCGAUGAUUCCUCAGCCCCUGGGACGCCCAGGAGGCGAGGCAAACUUUACCCGUUGUCAUCUACAUCCACACCCACCAAGGGGAAGUCAGAUGCUUCUGAGAGCAAGACAGCCACCAGAGAAUAUAGCCUAGCUUAG